ACGUAGGAAAUGAGAGCAUUAAAUCUUCAUCCACUGGAGUUGAAGACAUUGGCAUUGGAGGUGCUGUUGCAACUCACAUUGCCAAGGUAGUUGAACAAGAUGAUAAGAUGAAUGAAGGCAAGGCAGGAAUAGUGGCAAGCAAAGGAAUCCGAGUAGAAGAAGGGUUGAACCUUUUGCAUAAACAAGAGGGAAUAGAUGUUGUUACUAACAACAACAUUGACAUUUCUUCAGCUUCUGCAGAUAUCCGUACAAGAUUGGAAGCAUAUAAACAUUUUGUUGAUCUGGAUGAUGCACAAAUUUCUCUUCUGGUGGAGGGAAUAACAACAUAUCCUCAUCUCUGGAAUCCUUCCAAGAAGUUUCGUGAGCGCUUUCAAGCUUGGAGGUUGAAAAUUUUGGCAGAUCUGUUGUCUUUCCUUCAUAAGGAAAGUGUCCAUAGUGCUAUUCCUCAAAGAGAAAAAUAUUUCUAUAAACUAUGUGAAGAAGCUAUUGAAGUUGGAUUUGAGAGUUCAUGGGUAGAGGAAAUGCGUCAACGUGUUGUGGCGAGGGAUCCUAAGCUGGGAGAGGACGUCGCACGGAGACAAAUAGAUGAGAAUUCUAAGAGCAAUUUAAGUUUGUUAAACAGGUGUUGUAGUGGGGACGUUGCUGAAGAAGGUGAUGGGCCUAAGAUUAGCUUCGAAAAAGGUUCUGACUUGGUUGAUAAAGAAUGUGAAAUAGGUGUUGUUUCUAAUGACCACAUUUUGGCUCCGAGAAAGGAAGAACCAGAGCAGGAAUUUGUUGCAGAAGUUUUCACUUCAGAAAUACCAAGAAUAGCAACAUCAUUAAUAAAUUCGCAAACAGUUGAAAAGCCAGCACCUUCAAAUCCAUUGGUGGACACACAGCACACUAGUGAACCGUGUUUGAUGGAGCAGAAAAAACCACUUGGUGAAAUUCCAAAGAGUAUUGAGCAAGUUGCCGUAGAGGAAACCAUAGCAAAGAACACCAAUAUGGCAGCUUCAUCAAUUUUUUCCGAAUCCGCGACCUCUAAGUUGGAUCCAACAGUUACUUUACUAAGUAAAUCACAUCAACAUCAUCAUGGUGAAAUUAACAGCAGCCAAAUUGAGGCACGCAUUGCUAAAGAAAGUGAAGGCCAUCCUAAAAUCAUUCAAGACUUUGGGGCCAAUGAGAUCACGAGUUUAUUUGCACCAGUUGUUGUUGGGAAAAAGGGUGAAGAUAAGCGAGUUAGAAAAGUAUCUGAAGAUGUCUCUGAAGGAUAUAGUUAGCUCUGAGACUAACAGCCUUUGCCUUUUGUCUGCUCUUAAUUUCCUUUCCAACCUUCCUUUCAAAGAUGUCAAAGUAUCAGAUGGACUCAAACAUAUUAUAGACACUAUGCACCGACACUUCCCAAGCAUUCUAUUCUCCUUUAAGCAAGGCUUUGCCACCACUGACAAGUUGGCAGAACUUGAAGCUCGUGCGAAUGAGGUGACCAUUAAAAAGAAGUUCUAUGAUGAAGUUCAACGGAAGGAAGUAGUUUUGAAGCAACAAAUCAUUAGGUUGAAGGAAGAAAUAAGAGUUUGUGAGGUUGCCUUAUCAUCUCUGGAGGAGGAAAAAAACAAAUGCAUUGCGGAAACUGUAGAAUACAAAACGGAGCUUGAAAAUGCGAGGAAAGACGAAUCUCAAAUGUUGGAGGUGGCUCAUAAAUGGUCAGUUCUGUGUAGUGAAUAUGAGCUCAAUCGCAUGGCUGCUACAAAUCCCUCGUGAGGGUUUUCGUUGUUCAUUAUUAUUAAGGUUAAUGUCUUAUGUUUUUUCUAGUGGUUUAUGCUUCAAUAAGAUAGCUUGGUCCUAAAUUAACUUAAUGUGCACCCAACCCAUCAGCCAGUACCACUCAUCAUAUAGCUUCAGUUUACUUUCCAAAUUUCGAUUGUUCUAUUUUGUUGUAUGUUUGGUAUCUUAUUUGUGUGUAAGAGGUUGUUCUUCGUGAAACAGACAAAACAAGUGUUGUGAUAAAUGAAAAAACUAUUUGUUCUUUUAUGUAA